AUGUCCAAAGCUCAGUUUCUCAGAGAAUACAAGCUCGUUGUUGUCGGAGGAGGAGGUGUCGGCAAGUCUGCUUUGACCAUCCAGUUCAUACAGUCACAUUUUGUGGAUGAAUAUGAUCCCACUAUUGAGGACUCGUACCGCAAGCAAUGUAUCAUUGACGAGGAAGUCGCUCUGCUGGAUGUACUGGAUACAGCUGGACAAGAGGAAUAUGGAGCCAUGAGGGAACAGUACAUGAGGACUGGGGAGGGAUUUUUGCUUGUCUACUCAAUCACUUCUCGUAGCUCGUUCGAGGAAGUCUCCACGUUCCACCAGCAGAUCUUGAGGGUCAAGGAUAAGGACUUCUUCCCUGUUGUUGUUGUGGCCAACAAGUGUGAUCUCGAAUUUGAGAGACAGGGUCGAGAUUUGGCCAAGAGAUUCAACGCUCAGUGUAUCGAAACGUCUGCUAAACAGCGAGUCAACGUCGACGAGGCUUUUAUUGCUGUUGUCAGGGCCAUCAGAAGGUAUCAGAGAGAGUCUGGCCCACCCCAGCCUGUGGCCGCACCCGGUAAAUCCGUACCGGGAGGUGUUGGUGGACGAACAAACGAGAAAGCCGAUGAGAACGUGGACAAGGGGUGCUGUGGAGGCUGUGUCGUGUUGUGA